CCUCGCAACGGACUCCCUAGGACUUGUUUUCAAUUCUAUCUCCGCUUGUUUCUAGAACCAAGCUCCAACGAUUGUUCUUCGUGUGAACCAAGGUUCAGUGACCGAACCCAAAAAACCUUCCCUUGACCCCGACUCUAACCUUACGUGACAUGUUCGGACAGCAUCACCAUGGCCAACCAAUGCCCAGGACAUGUUUUCGCUAUUGUGCAGGCCACCAAUGGGAAUAUCCUCACCUGGCGCUGUUCUGACUGCACAUCGGGGCCAUUUGUGGCCAUCUGGCGCUGCAAGAUCUGUAAUCACUGCCGCUGUAACUCAUGCCACACCGCAAAGGCAUGAGUAGCGGUUACACUGUUCGCCAUCGGGUCUUGUGUAACGAGAGGUUGAGGAUCGACAGCUGACCCCUUCUUAGAUUCAGAUCCUUAAAGAAACGUUCUCGCUGCAGCAAAAUCCCUGCGUGACAGCUGCAGGCGGCAAC